AUGGGGCAGGCGUUCCGCAAGCUGUUCGAUGCCUUCUUCGGCACCAGCGAGAUGAGGGUUGUGAUGCUUGGUCUGGAUGCCGCCGGUAAAACCACCAUCUUGUACAAGCUACAUAUCGGGGAGGUUUUGUCGACUGUUCCCACGAUUGGUUUCAAUGUCGAGAAAGUUCAAUACAAGAAUGUGAUGUUUACUGUGUGGGAUGUUGGUGGCCAAGAAAAGUUGAGGCCCUUGUGGAGGCACUACUUCAACAAUACUGAUGGCUUGAUCUAUGUAGUUGAUUCGUUGGAUCAGGAGAGAAUUGGAAAAGCCAAAGCUGAAUUUCAGGCAAUAAUCAAUGAUCCUUUGAUGCUUAACAGCGUCAUAUUGGUAUUUGCCAAUAAGCAAGAUAUGAAAGGGGCAAUGACACCAAUGGAGGUGUGUGAGGGCCUUGGCCUCUACGAUUUGAAGAAUCGCAUCUGGCACAUCCAAGGCUCUUGUGCGCUCAAAGGUGAUGGCCUUUAUGAGGGGUUGGACUGGCUGGCAAGCACACUGAAGGAAUUGCAAGCUUCAGGUCGGCUACCCUCUGGAGGGACAUCGUUGUUCUAA